AUGCUGGAGGUCGCGCCCCCAACAAGCAUACCCAUGUUCCCGCGCAAUUACCGCGAGUUCCUCGUUACCCCGGGCGCCCCCGCCAUCCCCGCCGCUUUACAAACCCUGCAACCGGGUGAGAUCUUCCGCCUCGCCCAGCCCAAGUGGCCCGUCGAUUCUGUUAUGCCAUCCUUUUACGCCCUCGCUACCACCACCAUCUUCGCUGCCUUCUUCCUCCUCGCGUUCAAAGACCUCGGUGCGCUGGUCAACUACGAGUUCCGCACCCGUCUGGGGAUAGCAGGCAAUCCGGUCAUCGGAAUGACUCUCUCGCUGCUCGCAUUCACGAUGCUGCUCAUCACAUACGAAAACGAUAUCAAGAAGCGCUCUGGCUACUACCCGGAGGGGUCCGAUGCGCGGUAUUUGGUUUGGUUGAGUGCGUUUGCGACCGUGUGCGCGGUGUUCUGGGCCAGCAGCGCUUUCCAGACUCCCGUGUCGGCGCCAGACGAGGACAAGGAGGGAGAACAGGUGGAGAACGCGGACAAGGAGGUGUUGAAGGGUUCGAGACGACAGCAGAAGAAGCAGGCGAAGCGCGAAGCCAAGAAACUCACUGCAAAACAAGAGUAG